UGCCCUGCGUGGGGACAAGGCCGCUCCCCGGGCGCUGCCUCCCCGCAGCCGGGCGCUCGCUCGCCCCGUCCCGCGCCGACGCCGGGGUCCCGCUCUGGCCCCGCCCCUCGCCCGCCCCUGGGCGGGGUCAGCGCCGUCUCGCGCCAGGCUCCACCCCCCGCCGUUCGUCCCGGGAUCCGGCCGCCCGCCCCGAGUCCCGCUGCGCCUCCAUUGGCUGGGAGGGCCCGGCCUCCGCCAAUCAUCGGGUGAGACUCCCGGAAGCGCCCCUCCACGUGGCGGGCUGAGCAGAUGGCGGUGCCGCUGCGCGGGCGGCUGCGAGCGCUGGCGGCGGCGCUGGGCGGCUGCGGGCUGCUGCUGGGCUCGGCGCUGGCGGCGGGCGACGAGCGGCUCUACACGGCGGCGGUGAUGCCCGCGCUCCGCGUCCUCCCCCCUGAGGCCGCCCACGGCCUGGCCCUGCGCGCCGCCGCCCUCGGGCUGCUGCCAUCUGCCCGUCCCGACGGCCCCGCGCUGGAGGUGCAAGUCUUCGGCCAGCGGUUCCGCAACCCGCUGGGCCUGGCAGCUGGCUUCGACAAGCAGGGCGAGGCUGUGGACGGGCUGUACAAGAUGGGGUUUGGCUUUGUGGAAGUAGGGACUGUCACACCUGAGCCCCAGGAGGGGAACCCCAGACCCAGGGUCUUCCGGCUGGUGGAGGACGAGGCGGUCAUUAACAGGUAUGGAUUCAACAGCCACGGCCACGCUGCAGUGGAGCGCAGGCUGCGGGCCCGCCAGGAGACACAGCUCAGGCUCACUGGUGCGGGGAUGCCCCUUGGAGUCAACCUGGGCAAGAACAAGAGCUCUACCAACGCUGCAGCGGACUACAUGGCUGGGGUCCGGACGCUGGGCCCUUUGGCUGACUACCUAGUUGUGAAUGUGUCCAGCCCAAACACUCCAGGGCUGCGGGACCUGCAGGGCAAGGCUGAGCUGCGGGACCUGCUGACCAAGGUACUGGCGGAGAGGGAUGCGCUGCCCUGCGAGCGCAAGCCAGCCGUGCUGGUGAAGAUUGCCCCUGACCUCACCACGCAGGACAAGCAGGACAUCGCUAGUGUCAUCUGCGAGCUAGGUGUGGACGGGCUGAUUGUCAGCAACACCACAGUGAGCCGCCCCAGCAGCCUCCGGAGCAGGCAGCGCACAGAGCCCGGGGGCCUCAGCGGGAAGCCCCUGCGGGAGCUCUCCACGCAGACCAUCAGGGAGAUGUACUCCCUCACCCGAGGCCGGGUGCCCAUCAUCGGCGUGGGUGGGGUGAGCAGCGGGCGCGAUGCCCUGGAGAAGAUCCGUGCUGGAGCCUCGCUCGUGCAGAUGUACACAGCGCUUGUGUACCACGGGCCGCCGGUGGUGGGGGUGGUGAAGCGGGAACUGGAGGAGCUGCUGAGGGAGCAGGGCUUCAAGAACGUCAUGGAGGCGGUUGGAGCAGAUCACCGGUGCGGAACCAAGAUCUAGCCAGGAGGAGCAGUGGCCAAGCAGGGACAGGACACUUCCAGUGCUGGUCAGGCUGGGACUGAGCUGAGGUCCUGGUGCCAGCCCCUGAGAAGGGUCAGUGAUGGGCGAAGCUGGGGCUGCACUGGUGGGGAGCAGGGGCGGGGGGCCUCCACACUGGUGCCUCUGUCCAGGGCCGUAUUUUGGCUUUUCUGUGUCUGGGGUCCCCAGCAGAAACCAGUGCUGGGCAAGGCUCUGCUGGGUGGUGAGGAAGGCCGCUGAGGGGGACAGCCCUGUGGGUUGGAGGCAGUCCUGUGCCCUGGUUCCUGCUUCAGUGCUUCCCCGUGGUCACACACCUCCCUGCCCAGAGCCAUGGGCCAAGCUGUCCCUUCUGCCAGGGACCCCGCAGCCCGAGGUGCCUGCUCUGGCUGGCGCUUGUUCCUCCUGCACCGCAGCCUCCGCAGGAGUGUCUGCCCUCCUUGCCCUCCUCCCCUCUCCGCACGUGGUCCUGUAACAAACCCGCCAGC